GGCUUGGGUGCUGCGGCGGUUGCUGCAGGGUUGUGCAGGCGAUUCUGUCAUAUGAUGACUCCAUACACCACGAAGAAACAGCCUCUGCAUCUGUUUGCACAAAGACCACUUUUCUCACUACCUCCAACCUUAUGUAACACAGGAUUUUCCUGGUCACCAAGUCACCAACUGAUAUCUUAUAGGACAAUGGCUUCAGUAAGCAAAAUGUAUGGGAUUUUAGUUUCAAUUUCUACUUCACCAAGGAAAUGAUUCAACAUCAGUUAGCUGGAACUGCAUGGCGAGUGAGAUACAUGUUUAUUCAAACACAAGAUACCCCAAAUCCCAACAGUUUAAAGUUUAUUCCAGGAAAACCAGUUCUUGAGACAAGGACCAUGGAUUUUCCUACACCAGCUGCAGCAUUUCGCUCUCCUCUGGCAAGGCAAUUAUUUAGGAUUGAAGGAGUGAAGAGUGUCUUCUUUGGACCAGAUUUUAUUACUGUCACAAAGGAAAGUGAAGAGUUAGACUGGAAUUUAUUGAAACCAGAUAUUUAUGCAACAAUCAUGGAUUUCUUUGCAUCUGGAUUACCCUUAGUUACUGAGGAAACAUCUUCAGGAGAAGCAGGAUCUGAAGAAGAUGAUGAAGUUGUGGCAAUGAUUAAAGAAUUGUUAGACACUAGAAUACGGCCAACUGUGCAGGAAGAUGGGGGAGAUGUGAUCUAUAAGGGCUUUGAAGAUGGCAUCGUACAGCUGAAACUCCAAGGUUCUUGUACCAGCUGCCCUAGUUCAAUCAUUACUCUGAAAAACGGAAUUCAGAACAUGCUACAGUUUUAUAUUCCAGAAGUAGAAGGCGUAGAACAGGUUAUGGAAGAUGAAUCAAAUGAAAAAGAAGGAAACUCACCUUAAAAUAAUUUGAAGUUUUUUGGGGGGGGUGCUCAGCAAUUGGACUUGUUGAUACCAAGCUUUUAUUAUUAAUCUGCAAAGGAACUUGUAGAUUAAUAAAAUAUGCCUUUCUUUAGA